AUGGAUGCUCUUUAUGUUCCCCAAGGAAGAUCACGACGUUUUGUUGAACAAGCAACGAAUCUACAUCAUUUUCGACUUGGAAUUUUUUUGGAAGUGAUUGAUUUGCAUCUUCAAGAACUUGAUAAUCGAUUUAAUGAAAGGAACAUGGAGCUACUUACAUUCAUGGCUUGCCUAAGUCCCAAAGGUAAUUUCUCCUCCUUUGACAAAGAAAAUAUUCUCAAACUAGCCUCUUUUUAUCCCGAAGAAUUUUCUAGUGUUGAUGUGAUGACUCUUGAACUUCAACUUGAUGUAUUCAUGGAUAAUAUGCUAAGUGAUGAAAGAUUUUGUGGUUUGCAAGAUCUUAAUUCUCUUUCCAUGAUGCUUGUUAAAACAAAGAGGCAUGAGAAUUUUCCACUUGUAUAUUUUCUCAUCAAGUUGAUGUUGAUUCUUCUCGUUGCUACGACGAGUGUUGAAAGGGUGUUUUCCGCAAUGACAUGUGUCAAAAUUAAGUUGCGAAAUAGCAUGGGAGAUCAAUUUAUGAAUGAUUGUUUGGUAACUUUUAUUGAGAAGGAGGUGUUCUUACAAGUUCCCGAUGAAAAAAUCAUUGAUCACUUUCAAAAUAUGAAGACCCACAGGAUGAAUUUGUAA